UUAUUGUCGUUUGCUAGGUAAUACUUUAAACUUGCAUUUCGUAUGACAUUUCAUUUAGUUAAAACAUUCGUAUUUCGCGGCAAGAUAUGUAGCGGGAAAGUGGUGGGAAGGUAAAAACUUCAUUCGCGCCCAUCUUGGCACACUUGUACAAUUGCGAUCGUUCAUUGGUCAUACCGAAAAGGAAAGCCUUCUUCUAUGUGUAUUGUACUAUGUUUUUAUUUCAGAGAUUGAUCUUGCUGUAGCGUUGUUUGCUGAAGAAGCUGCGAAGUAAGGUAGUUUAAUAUAUGGAAACUGUAUUUCCAGAGGAUUAUCCGAAAAGUGCAUAAGGUGUUUAUUAUAUAGGCAAGAGGAACUCAAAAAGAAAGAAUUCAUUUGUGAAAAGAAUACCGUUUUGUUAGUGAAUCUUCCUCAUCAUGACUUCUGCUCUGUAUUUGGAACACUACUUAGAUAGUCUGGAACAUUUGCCAAUUGAAUUGCAGAGGAAUUUUACCUUAAUGAGAGACUUAGAUGCCAGAGCCCAAGGACUGAUGCGCAAUAUUGACCGGCUUGCCGGAGAAUAUCUAAAGAAUAUAAAGUCACUCUCUCCAGAGAAAAAGAAAGAGCAAAUGAACACCAUUCAAAACCUUUUCAACAAAGCAAAAGAGUAUGGAGAUGAUAAAGUGCAACUUGCUAUUCAGACCUACGAGUUGGUUGAUAAACACAUCAGGAGAUUGGAUUCAGAUUUAGCCAGGUUUGAAGCAGAAAUUCAAGAUAAGGCUAUGAGCAACUCAAGAAAUCAAGAGGAAACUGGCACUACUAAAAAGGGUCGAAAGAAACAGAAAGAUAAGGAAAAGAAGAAGCGUGCGGGUGCAGCGUCUUCAGAAGAAGAAGUCACCACUAAAUCCUCUCGCAAGAAACAGAAGAAAGGAGGUGGUGGCGGGGGUGGAGGAGGCGGCUCAGGGUUGGGCUCUGGAGGUGGGGCUGGCGGCUCAGGGGGCCUAGACAAUCCACUGAUGAGUGUCCUGCCAGGCCUUGCCCAUCCUUCAGAUGUCUUGGACAUGCCUGUCGAUCCCAAUGAGCCGACUUAUUGCUUGUGCCAUCAAGUUUCUUAUGGAGAAAUGAUAGGAUGUGACAAUCCUGAUUGUCCAAUUGAAUGGUUCCAUUUUGCCUGUGUUGGACUCACAACAAAACCAAAAGGGAAAUGGUUUUGUCCUAAAUGUACAGCGGACCGAAAGAAGAAAUGAAAGUUGUCUUUGUAGGUUAUAUUUUUCCAUUUGUUAUGGAAUGUACAUAGUAUUGUAAUUUUUAUAUUUUUUUAUAUCGUUGUUCUGUAUAAAAAAUUAAUCAUAUUAAUUUAAAUGUACAUUAUUGUAAACAUUCCAUUUCAAUUGUACAGGUCUUAUUUAAAAAAUGUCUAGAAGUGUGUGUUGCAUAUUGCAAAUUUGAGAUUAUUAAAGGUUUUUGCAUGGUUUUGUUAUUCGAAAAUUAGAGGUAAUUUUAUGGAAAUAUAGUGAAGACUGUUUCUUAAUGAGAGAUGAGAACAAUUUGAACAUUUUCAAUAACACAGUAGAAAAAACUUAGCACAGAUUCUACCAUAAAUCAACUUUUUAGGUAUUUUUCUGCAACCUUAUUUUAAUACCUGCCUUUCAAAAUACUUUGUUGGAAAAUUUUAUUUCUGAUGAACUUGGUGUAAGCAAGUUUUCAAUGUUUUUUCAAAUGUUUGUGGAUAUGAUGGGAGUUCCCAAAAGCCCUUCAUAACUCUUCUGUAUUCAUUAUCACAUGUGUGCUGCAAUAAGAGUUGAAAAUAAAAGGAAUGAUUGUAAUAUGUAGUUAAUAUUGUUUAUUGGUACUUUAUUCCUAAUCAUCUUUGGUGGCCAAUAAAAUGCCCACAUAUUUCCGGUGGCUCUAUAUUUUACCUGGUGCAAAUUACGACUUGUAUUCGACAGGGGUGCAAUCUGUAUUCUGUGUAUGUGUGUUACUUACUUCAAAUAUACAUAAAUUGACGAAAAAAUAAGCAGUCUCAGCUGUGGCCAUGUCAAGAUGUCUGUGGUUUUGUUAGAUACCCAGGAACUCUGGGAAUUUCAUUAGUUCUUUGACAGCAUUUGGUCGGAG